AGGACUUCCAAGUCGUUGGCGAUAUGAGCAAGAAAGCUCAAUCUCCAGGAGUGCGCCCUAAAUCGGAUUCAUUUCCUCCACUGUACGAUUCAGUUCCAAAUGAAAGUCUUGAUGGUAAUACAGACAAGGUCAACGGUGGUGAGGUCUCUAAGGGGGGCUCAGUAUUCAAAACAUCCCGCCUUCCCAACUAUGAUGAAGUGCCAAAAGAAGAGCAGACAAGCUAUUAUUCCAAUAUGAGCAAUCAGCAGGCUAUUUACAGGGACAAAAUGGCUGCAUUCGCCGGUGAUCAGGGUAAUGGUUGCGGUGGAGAAAUGAAAACCUCGGGGGAACAUUACAAUUACAGCUCUGCCUUCAGUGAUGCAACCUGGGGCGACGAGUUUGAUGAUGACUUUGAUGAUGACUUUGAUGAGCAACCCAUCAAGGACUCAAAAGUCCAAGAAGCUCAACCUACUCAAAACAAACCCCCGCCUUUACCCCCGCGAACGUACCAAACCAAUGCAAAUGUCAGCCGCGUUAAAACGUCUUCGGAGAAACCAUACAUUCUUCCUUUAAAACAAGACGGCCACCAGCUGAGCCACACCCAUUACUUCCUGAUCCCAUCAAUCAAUGAGAAUGAAUCGUCAUCGCACUACAAGCGUGAGAAAUCACAGCGAACCACAGCCACUGUCAAGCCGUUUUUAGUUAACACUGCUUUUGACAACAGCGAUGAGCGGAGCAGUGCAAUAGACUACCAGAACAUCACAGGACUCAUGAGUGGCGAUGUUAUACAAAGGUCACUGUCAAAUGUGUCAAACUCGUCUUCACGGUCCAGUGCUGGCAGCUGCGGCUCAGUGGACUCGUCUCCACGCCACCACUACCACCAGCACCGACCCGGACUCUCCUCACCAUCAAAGGCUCGCCCCAUACAGUCCCAGAGAAAAUCUAAGGUAGAGGAGGAAAGGGGCAGUUUCAUGGGCUCCUCUCCACGUGAUCGUAUCGCCAUCGUCCAGAGCCGAGUCAUCGGGGUAACAGAUGAUGAAUGUUACACGGCACUCUCCACUACGCACUGGGAUGUUGAAAGCGCUGUCAAGUACUUAAAAGUAGAGCAGCUUUUCCGCUUGGGUGUGGCCCCACGGGCAGCAUGCCACAGACUUUUGGAGACCCUGGACUGGAAUUUGGAGCUUGCCAGUUCUGUUAUUAUAGAUGAAGUUAAUGGCACAAAGAAAGGCAGUAAAAUAGAGAGCACAGUCUGAGUCGAAUAGGGAGCACAGUCUCAACAAUAAAAUUUAAACCAAUUAUUAUUAUUUUUUUAUUAAAGGGAGUUAACUGACAUGUUCAGAAUGUGAUGACCCUAAGUAUACAUUUAUUUAUUGCAUUCAAAAAAAACUUUUAAGUUAUUGUAUUUUUUUCUAGGGCUUCAAAUUUUGACAGUAACUUG